UAAUUUCAAAACAUUAGGCCAGUCGAUCGUGAGUGCUAAACGUGAUUGAGAGCGUAUGGUUUUGGUUGCUAACUACAUGGUUUCGCAGUGAAGCAUUUCCGGAUUGGAACCUAAUUUUACCUUCGGAUUUGCCAUAACUUGGAAAUGAUAUAUACCUAUUGUUGAAUCGUUUGGUGAAUUGUAACGUCAAGAUUUGAUGGCGUGUUUUAAAGCGAAGUUCGACUACGAGAAAGAACGUGAUGAUGUUCUAAGUUUCAAAAAGGGCGACUUGUUCGAAGUAACAAGUAAAGUAGACGACCGCUGGUGGGCGGCCCGUGCUGAAAGUGACAACAGUGUCGGAUAUGUCCCAGCACUUUACCUGGAGCCUGUGAAAGAUAAACCUAUUGGUCGUUUAGUUCCAGAGGGACGGAUAGACACGAAAGAACAUGAUUACCACCUUGAGGCACUUGCUGAACUCCAGUCAAAGGUCAGACCCCUUCCAGCACAUGUUCUUGGUCAGGCUUUGGGGAUCUCCGUGCCUGCAGAGGAAGUGCCUCCAAUCUCACAUUACAAGCACCCCUCAAAGAAAAUUAAUCGGCCUGUAGAGAAAGGGCGAAGCAAGUCAGUACCUAACACCAAAAUCCCCCCUGUUGUGGCUGUGAAAAAGAAUCGGGGUCUGUCAGUUCAACUAGAACAAAAGUGUGAUAACAUUCCAGAAGUAGACUACGACGAUGCUCCAGAGAACAAUGAUGAAUCGGACCCAAACGUACCCAUUAUGGCAGUACGCCCCACAGUACAAAAUGGGAAACACGCACGUAGUGCAACAUAUAAUGGGACCUUGUCUACGGACAAAAACCGCAAUGACACGGAACCGCCUUCAACUAAAACAAAACCGCGCGAAAAAAGUGCUAAACAUUCCCGAAGCAAGACAGUCGAUGCUGCCUACGACCGAAACGCGAACUCUAAAUUACCAGAAAAAAGGCUGCAGACGGGGGACAAUACGCUGCCAUAUCAUCAUCAGUGUAAUGUUGUUAGGGAUAAAGGGGAUGAGAAAGAUGGUGGUGACGAAGAUGAGGAUGAAAUUCCUUCUUUCUUAAGUCUUCCACCUCCACAGGAACCACCUCCACCUCCUGAUUAUGACCUCAAUGAUGAAGAUAUACUAAACGAGGAAGGGGUUCCCUAUCAUCAUCAGUUAAAUAAGACAGGUAGAGAUAGCUCAUCUGACGAUGGCCAACCAACGUCACCAGUGAAUCGUGCGUUUUUACCAGCAGACGAUAAUCCAGUGCUUAUUCAAGCGAAACCACUACCGAACCCCGUCAAGGGAUCAAGAAUGCACAAAGACCUUCAUUUUGAAUUAAAACAUAGUGGGAGAGAUGUUUUAAAGCCUGAGUUAGCAAGAGUUAUGACGCAACGAAAACACCAAAAAUCUAAAGCAGAAUUGGAUGCAGAGAAAAAAGCAAAACGAACAAGUCUCGAGAUAAAAUUACAGGAACGACAGGAAAUUUUAAAACAGAAGGACGAGAAACUAAAAAUUCCUGGAGAAGCCAUUCCUGAAGAAGAGGGCCAGUCAGAGUUGUAUCGUGUGAGAGCAUCCUUAAAGUCGAAAGAAGCAGCCAAAACAUAACAUUGAACAUAAGUCUCUGAAGUACUAACAAUUUCCAACGUAUCAUUGAAACAGUCAAUGAUACAAAGAUGAUUCUUGAAUGUAUCAAAAGGGCUUUUAUAAAAUUAAAUUAUUUACUCAUGGUCUUAUGUUAAUAGCAUACUACUGGUAAAUAUUUUCACAAUAUAUUAUAUUAUGUUAUUAUAAUUACAAAAAAAAAAUUGCAAAAAAAUUUAUUGUAAACUUUUAUAGAAAUUAUAAUCUAAAGAUUAGCCUUAAAACUUUAUGAAUGUAAGCCAACAUAAUUAUUUUCAUAUUUUUUAUAUCAAGCUAAUUCUUUAUUUUUCCGAUUGAAAACUUUUUUAUAUAUCAUAUAACUUUUAGAAAAUAAAUUUGCAGAGUAUGAAACUGGUGUUUUAACUCAUCAUAAUUAUGUAGUACAUAACAUUCUUAUUAUUGAUAUUUUUAUUUUACUUUUUUUUGAAUUUUUUUUUUGAUACAUUUUGCUUAGAAUUUUUGCUGGUGAUGUCAUAUAUUUACUUUUUUAUAUUCUGAAACAAUUAUUAUACUUUUUUUUUUGCAAUGAUAUUUGCAUCAUGACUGCAAACACAUUUGUUUUAAAAAAAGGGGAUAAUAUUUUCAUGCUUUAAUAUACUGUAUACUUUUUAAUGCUAUUAUUUCAGUAAUUUAUUCUAUUCAUUUCAACUCAAUCACAUAUAUGUACUCUAGCUCAUGUUCUUAGCGUGCAUCAAGAAGUCUUCCAGAGCCAUUCGUCUUUGCCUCUCUUUCAAGGAAAUACAACUACAAUAGAAUUCAAAUACUAUGUUUUAAAGCUGCUCCGUUUACAAAAUGUGCUUUACAAAGUUUAAGGAAAUUUAGAGAAGUAUUAUGUUUAAUAGGAUUGUACAUUAACUGAAAUACAAUUUAUAAUAAGUAUAUUGUAAUCUUUGUCAAUAACAGCUAUAUAGUACAUUAUUUUAAGUAAAGAUCAUUUUAAUUUAGAGUAGUUCACAAUUAUCAACAUUUUCACAAGUGUACAAACAGUACUCUUCUUCGGUACCCCCUCCCUCCCCUCUGAAAGUGUACAAAAAAUAUGUUUAUUUUGCAAAACUAUUUUCAGUUUUCCAACUAAAGCAAUGUACUUGGUUGCUUAAAAGUGAAUGUUAUUUUACUAUUAUUUUACAUAUUGCCUGUUAUUUUGAAUCAACAUUGUUAUGCAUAUGUAAAAGUGUACAAAUUUGUCUACCCCCUGCCCUCUAGCGUACUGUUUGUACACUUGUGAAUAUGUUGAUAAUUUUGAACGACCCUUAUAUAUAUUUCAAUUAACAUUGCUUUACAUAGCUUUCUUUAGUUUUUACCAAUAUGAUGUAACUUAUUGCAACCCUAGAGAGAUAGUAGAGAAAUUCAAAAGGUGAAAUUAUAAGCUUGCGUAGCUAUGGACAAAAUUUUAGUUAAAACUUAGUUACAGGGGUGUAUACAUGUGUCUCUCGCUGAUCACAAGUGUCUAUGCACAUGUCUGUAUGAACAUUUGUUUGCGACCACAUAUGUCUGUUAUCACAGGUGUCUAUGCAUAUGCAUCCUUGACCACAUUUGUCUGUUAUCACAGCUAGUGUCUAUGCAUAUGUGUUUGUGAUCACAUGUGUCUAUAUAUGUGACCACAUGCGUUUGUAAUCAUAGGUAUCUAUGCACAUGUAUCUGUGUGAACAUUUGUGACCACAUGUGUCUGUUAUCACAGGUGUUUAUGCAUAUGUGUUUGUCAUCACAAGUAUCUAUGAUCAUGUGUCAGUGAUCGCAUGUAUCUAUAUCUGUGACUACAUGUAUUUGUGAUCACAGUUAUUUGUGCACAUGUGUCUGUGAUCACAGAUGUCUAUGUACAUUUGCAUGUAACCACAUAUGGAUCUAUGCUAAUCAGUGUCAUAUACUGUAUGUAUAGGUAUACUGUAAUUAACAACCCCAACACUGCCCUCUGUUUAUUAAUCAAACCUAGCCUAAAACAUAUUGUGUUUAACUUCACCAAAUGGCAGUGUCUUUCAUUUAACAGUGAUUAGUUAACACACAGGAUGUGUAAAAUAUAAUGUAUACGAAUUAUAAAUCAUUUUUGCCUAUACAUCAAUAUGUUGGAGCUUGAAAAAUAUACUAAUUUAAAGGUGUAGUGUGCUACAUGAAAAUUAGCUUGGACCGUACAAAAGAUAUAUAACGUUUAUCAUCUGUCAUGCUUCUUUAGAAUUUGUUUGAAAUUUCUAUUUCAGCUUUCAGACCAACACAGCCUCUGACUAAGUGUCAUCGAAUCCCGUUGGGAUAGUGUGGGGGGAGUGGGAGAGUGAAGUUGAUGAAAUUAUCCUAUGUCUCCCAAAUAUUAUGCUGCAAGCGCUAUUAAGCCUGGGAUUAGUCCCCAUAUUAGUUUCCCGUACAGAAUUUUGUGAUUUGCGUUUAUUAUGCCUUCCAAAAAUUUACUGUCUUUUCUAGCAAUAGUAUGUGCAUAAAUUAUCUGUUAAUAUAUGCAAAUGAGAUGCGUGCUAGAUUGAUGUCAGUGAAUACUCGGGCUUGGUGCUGAGUGGAUGGCAGGGCUUUUUUCACUAUGAUCUACUAUUUUGUUAUGUAUAUGGUAAAGAGAAUUAUGAGGACAUGACUGUGAAGUAUUUAAUACACAACACAACACAACGAAUAAUAAUUUAUAGAUAAAUAAACAUGUUCAAAUGCGCAAUAUCUGGAAUUGAUUUCAUACAGGCCUAUGUUCUAACUUCUAGGACUAUAAUAGAGUAUGCUAAUUAGCUGUCUCAAUAUUAUUUUUGGUUGCUCACAAUAUGCUCAACCUCUUAAUCUAGUUAACUCACUGACAGUUGGGAUAUACUGUGUGUCAUCUGAGGUCAUGACCUCAGGUGACACAGUUGUAAUAUACUGUAUGUGUCAUCUGAUGUCAUGACCUCAGGGAACACGCCCUCAGGUGACACAGUUGUGAUAUACUGUAUGUGUCAUCUGAGGUCAUGACCUCAGGUGACAUGCAAUUAAGAUAUACUGUGUGUCAUCUGAGAUCAUGACCUCGGGUGACGCAGUUGGGAUAUACUGUGUGUAUCAUCUGAGGUCAUGAGAGGUUGUGAGAUAAUUAUGUGAGGUCAUCGUAGGUCAACUUCAAUAUUAACUCCACAUUUUGGAAAAUUAUCAACUGCUCCGUAAUGAACUAAAUAAUCAUAAUGUUUCCAGAGCCAAGUAUCUGAAGAAAACAAUGAUAUAAUUAGUUACAGAAAUUGUAUGAUCAAACUUUUUUCUUUAUUCUUUUUAUGUAAUUACUUUAAGAAAAUUAUAAAUUGAUACAUUGUAUUUAAACAUGUUAUUUACCGUUUAUGAUAAUAUAAGUUUUUGUAUUUUCUCUAUAGUGUUUUCUUUGACAAGACAACUAUAUUUUUUGUUACCAGAUGAAAUAUGGACUGGAAUUUACAUGUUGAAUUAAUGAUGUUGGUAUACAUACUACAUAUUAUAUCAAACAGACAUUAGUGGACGUUUAUCAUUAUGUGAUAUAUUUUGAUCGUAAAUUUAAAACUACUUAUAAAAACAGGGAUGUAUAGUAUAGAAACAACUAUAAAGAAUAGCAGUAUAGAAAAGAAGUUAUUAAAAAUAGAAUUAUUUAAAUCUGGUAAUUGAUUUAUCACAAUAAACAGCAUUAUAUAUCAAUUUAAAUGUACUUUUUGUGUUGAGGUUGUAAACUUGAAAAAUAUAAUUCUUUAAAUUUGCUUAUUUUAAUUAAUGGACUUUUUCGCUAAGCCCCGCCCCUUGGAUACUGUUGCUAAGUUCAAACAUACACAAACACGUGCGUUUGUGGGGUAACACAUGCUUUUAGACCCACGCGCAUUCCUGGCUCUGAUCUGAUUGGUCAGUUGUUAAGAUUGACAGUCCAGAAGAUCCAUUAUAUGUGUUAUUAGUUUGAAAAACAAUCAUACCAAUUAACAGGAGAAUUGUAUAACUGAUUUUUUUUUUUUUUUUACAGUAUCUGUCAUUUUGAAAGUUGAGGUCUUCAUUCAUUGGUAUUUUGAAAUAAGCAAAUCAAUGUUUUAUUUUGAAUUUUCAGUUAAUUUUUUAGUUUCUACUACAGCUAGUAUAUUUUAAGUGACAUUUUGUUGUACUUUAUAAAAUGUUUUCUGAAUUACGUAACUGUAUACACUUAAGUUGUACAAUAUUGAUAGAAAAAUGAGAAUGGGUUAUAUAAGCCAUACUUUUAUAUUAAAAACAAAUUUAAUUUAAUCUAGCCAUUCCAUAACUUGGUUAUUUUGUACAAAUAUUACAUAAAAAUCCAAUUCAUAAUAAACUUAACCUAAUUUUGAAAA